GAUCAGCUCGUUACGUUACCGUGCAUUUUUUGAUGAGGACGGACAUUUUUAUGUUUUUCGUUCUCGUCUGUUCCCGAUUGCUGAUUACUGGUACCGUUCGUACGGUACGAUCGAAAGACUCUGCAUGGUCCCACCCGGGCAUCCCGACCAUAUUGGCAACACAGCAAUUCAUACCAAUCAAGUCUUCACGGCAUCACUGAUUAAAAACCAUGGCACAGACCGCCCCCGCAAACCAAGAGGUUUCUAACGGACCAAUUUUCGUUGAUACGCAGCACGAGGAUCUGGUACAUGAUGCUCAGCUGGAUUACUACGGAUGCAAGCUAGCAACAUCGUCAUCUGAUCGAACCAUCAAGAUCUACAACGUGUCUGAAGACUCUUCCGAGCUUUCUGCUACUCUACAGGGACACGAAGGUCCUGUUUGGCAAGUCUCUUGGGCGCAUCCGAAGUUUGGAGGUACGAUAUGACCGGGCGGCAGAAAUGGAGCAUUUUAAACAAUCUAUUUGUUGCUGCCUGUUUUGUUGAAAUAGUUGUUGAAAAAGGACUGUUUGCUGGUCAGAAUCCAAGCUUUCUCGGCAUGCAUAAUUUUCUGUUUUACAAUACUCAUCGAAUAGUUUUUCAUCCGGCUUUGUUGCAAUGAUAAACAGUGAUUCUGGCUUCGUGCAGCUUCGAUGGAUCAGUUUUGAUUCACCGAGAGAUUCGACCUCGAGAUUGGUCUCUUUUGCAUGCUGCUCGCCACUUGCACGAAUCGUCCGUAAAUUCUGUGGCUUUUUGUCCACACGAAUAUGGUCUAAGAGUGGCGGCCGCUAGUUCCGACGGCCGUGUUAGUAUCCUAACGCAUCAACCAGACAACAGUUGGUCUACUGAAUACAUUACAGACAAUCCG